AUGGGCAAAAAUGGUAAAAGACGAUCGCUACAAAGCCUAUUUGGCAGUCCUGACAGAACAAGAACUGGUGUAGCCCAGGUGGCUCGUACUGGUUCUGCUUCUCAGGUAAGGCCUCCUCGUGCAAUGGCAGAUAUACAUCCUUUUACAGCUUCCAUGAACCUGUUGGUGUCUUCGCAAGCUGCUGUCAGUGUGGACGAGUUUGCAGACACAGACUCAGGUCUGUCUAACCAUUCUGGUAUUUCAGGCCAUUCGAAAGCUGAAGCACAAGACGCAGAAACUAUAUAUUCGAUUAUUUCAGGUUAUGAAGACGAAGACCGCAGAGAGUCGAAUUUCGUGUUUAUGGAAGACUUUAGUCACAACUCUGGUAGUCCAGAUAAGACCAGAGCUUCUGCUAGUUCUGGCGAUACCGAACCCAAUGCCGCUGGAACGACUUUUGGCAGUCCCCAGGAAACUACAGCUUCUUAUAAUACCCCUCAUGCUAGUGUCCAGGGCUCCAGUUCAUACCACCAGUCCAUGUCCAGUGCUGAGCUUCUAGGACGUCUACGGAGCGUUGAAGUUGGCAGUAAUAGCGGCAGUAAUAGUGGCAGCAGCGGUAGAGGCAGGUUCAGUGGCUCUAGUCGUUCGCUGAACUCCCGUGGAGGUUCCAGAGUCAGUUUCAGUACUAGAUCUAGAGACUCCCGAGGCAUUAAUAACCUUACAGCAGGUAUAGACUCGUCCUCAGGGCUUCCCGUGACGCUAUACACUGUCCAAGACGCUGAACACCAGCCUAACAGAUGGUCGCUCUUUGCUAAGAACGGUGCUCCCCAGCAAGAAGUGCCUCCAGUGCCUGGUGAAGGCAGUCUGAGUUCCAACUCGGCACCAGACUCUCAGCGCAAUUCCAGAACGGUGUUCUCGCCUUCAAAGGUCGAACCAGCCCAUUAUGGACCGUUUUCUGGAAGUGCUAGCGACCAUCCUCACCACAGUGUUGCUACUGUUUCCACCAGAGUGCUUGAAAACGAACAUGGAACAAUGAGCGACCGUUCUGUGAUCUUUGGCGUAGAAGGUCAAAGCACACCAUACGGUUCAGCUCCCGCUCUGCCCCAGUCGUCCAGAGUCACCGAUACUGAAAGCAGACGGUCUGCCCAUAAUGACAUGUACGCAGACGAUUCAAGCGACUUGUACAACUACGAUAUCGAAAAGAGUGCUGCUUUCCUUCAAGACGACGAAGCACACACUGCUCAGCCGUGGGCUAAAUGGGCCCUUUUAAUGAUCAUGGGUUUGGUGGCAGUGCCUAUUUACUUCUUGCUUGCAUUUGGAUACUUCGAUUUCGGAGGAUACCGUAACUACUUACCCAGAGUACCGUUUGGCCCAGUCAACCGCCGGUACUUUGCAUGCUACACCUACUGGCAGAAACUCUGGAGUUUUGUCAUUGGCUUAAUCUGGUUGUGUCUUGUAUUUGCAGCCAUCGCCAUAGCAUUUGGCCUACGAGCCAGGUUUCACUAG